CAGCUGGGACAAGGGCCACCACCUUCCAGGGAGGGGACCAGACUCCUGUCAGCAGUGGCUAGAGAAGGACGAGCAGCAGUACCUGGCCUGCAGGGUGUUCCAAAGAGCAGCCAUGUCCACCCCGUAUCCAUCUCUGGAGGACCUGAAGGUGGACCAAGCCAUGCAGGCCGAGGCCAGAGCCUACCCAGGAUGCCCGCCCUGCCGGGGCAGGGAACAGACUCCCAGCCUUCAGUUUUGUACCCAAACCUGGCGGAAUUGGAAAGUUAUAUGGGUCUUUCGUUCUCCAGCCACGAAGUCCAGCAGAACCUGCCUCAGAUUCCAGAAGGUGCCAGUGCAGCGGUCUCAGGCCCCUCACCGGACCAGGUGGUGGCGCCGGUGUCCGGGAAAAGCUUGGGCGUGCUGCCUGGGGAGAUCAAGCUCGGGGUGCGCGAGAUACACCUGUGCAAGGACGAGCGCGGCAAGACGGGGCUGCGGCUGCGGGCCAUCGAAGGCCAUUCCAGCAGAACGUCACCAUGCACAAGGACAGCACAGGCCACGUCGGCUUUGUCAUCAAGAAGGGGAAGCUCAUCUCUUCGGUCAAAGGGAGUUCUGCGGCCCGCAACGGGCUCCUCAUCAACCACUACGUGUGCGAGGUGAACGGGCAGAACGUCCUUGGGCUGAAGGACAAAGAAGUCACGGAGAUUCUGGCCACAGCCGGGAACGUCAUCAACCUGGCCAUCAUCCCCACUGUGAUCUACGAGCACAUGGUUGUCCCCAGCCCUGCUCCACCACACCGUGGACCACUCCAUCCCUGACAUCUGAAGGCAUGGGAGAGCAGCUCAGCUCUCUCACCCUCCAGCAGGAAAAGGAGAGUCCUCAGGGGACAGGCUGUGGAGGCCUGCUGCCUGGGGGCGGGGCUGUCUUGAGGAGGGCGUGUUCGGGGGUGGGGGGGGGCGUGCAGCAUUGGAUCACAUGGGCCUGUCAUUUAUACACACUGGCCUCCUUGGAGCCUCAGCCUCUUAACUGGGCUAAGGCAGGGGCAGGGCCCGGAGGCAGUGAUUCUCUGAGCCGAUUUAAAUGCUGGGCACGUAGGCAGGCCGACUGAACGCUUCCUAAAGUUGCAGCUGGGUCCCUUUCAAACUUUUGCCUCUACCAGUAAAACAUUUCCACAGUUUGAGAGAACAAAUACAUUUUGGGGGGAGAAUUGUUUCUUUUUCCUUUACUUGUUCUUUGUCACAAACUGUAUUUAGUUAUAUAUAACCCUUCACUGUCUUUUGAAUAAAGAUUUGAUUUUAUGUAAAAUCCCUUCCUCAAAAGUAACUGAAAUUCCAGAAUCUUCUGUCUCAUGACAUGCCAGAGCUGGUUUUCUUUUAAGCAGUGGUGAGACCAAGCCCUUUGCUACGUAUUGCCUGUGAGAGCAGUGACUGGGCUUUGCCACCGUCACAUGCCGCGGGUCUGGGGCAUGGAUGACUAGAGGGGGAUGGUGCAGGGCUCUGGAAGGGGGCCCUGGCUUUCGCGCACCCACUGCUCAGCGACUGCAGCUGGCUUCUGCAUCUGCAGGACGGGCGUGAGGACCACUUCAAGGGUGCUGGAGAGGAUGGAACACGUGCACUUACAGGGCCCCGCGGGUCUGACGGGGGGCGUGGAGUAUGGCAAGUGACCCCCUGGAGGUGAGUCAGAAGCACGGCAGAGCUGAGCCAGCACGCAGC